UCACAGAGUCAGAGGAGUGUGGGCUUGGAAAAUAAGACUGCGACUUACCAGAGAAAAGUUAUUAGCUGAAGAUAACUCAUAAUAUAUUUUACAAGUUAAACAGACAUUCUCUAAAUAUUGAUGUCCAGCUAACGUUACGUAGCAUAUCGGUAGCUUCAGUUAAUUGGACCCGGUGCCAACUCAGUGUCGCUAACGUGAGUAAACUAUUGAUAGCAUUAAGCUAAUAUCUGCACUCCCUGAUGUAACAGCUGACUGCAUUUUCAGAUGAGCUUCUUCAAAUAUUUAAAUGUAUUUAUUUUUUAACAUUCAGCCUUUAAAAAGCCAUUUUCAACUGGCCAUUCAAUAAAUAGGUUGUACAAGAAAAAUCUACAGUAAAGUGUCAUUUGUUUACGUCGCCACGGCUCCCAGAGAGCCUGCCGCUGCUGCUGAAAAAAAUCCUAGAGGAAACACCAUGAGACAUAAAAUGACCAAAAACAAACAAAAAAAUGUUACAAAUAGAUGUAAAACAGUCAAGAUGAGGCACAAAAUGACCAAACUGAAGCAAGAAUAACCAUAAAAAGAUACAAAAUGACCACUUAGGUCACUGAAUGCACAAUAUGAGACAAAAAAUGACCAAAAUGAACCAAUAAUAGUAACAAAUAGAUGUACAACAGUCAAGAUGAAGCACAAAAUGACCAAACUGAAGCAAAAAUAACCAUAAAAAGAUACAAAAUGACCAGUAAACUCACUAAAUUAAUUUAUCUAUUAUAUAUUAAUUUAUAUUAAUGUAAGUUAAAUACAUUAAAAUGGUGUAAUUUUGUUGUGAAGGAUUGCUUUAAAAACUAAUGAACAUCUUUAAAAUAAUAAUAGUAAUAGUAAUAACAAUAAUGUGGACGUUAUUUACAGUUCUGUCUAGUUUUCUUUAGGGUUAACAUGAAAAUUAAUACUUUUUUCUGUGAUUUUACCAGAUAUUAGUGAUCUUUAUUUUAACAAAACAUGGAAUAGCUGUAAAAUGUAAAAAACAGUCAUUUAUUUUAAAAAAGUAAAGUGUUUAGAGAAACCACAGCACAGAUAAUCAAGUUAUAAUCUGGUUAAUAUUGUGUCUCGUGUCAGAUUUCUCUCUCUGUCUUUCCUGUUCCACAUCAUUAAAGUCUCUCUGCAGUGGACUUCAUCACCACAGGAAGCAGGGAAAUCCACAGCACAUAAAAAUAAUAAAUAAUAAUAAUAAAUGCACCAGCAGAGACACCAGAGCGUUAGAGGUUAACCCUAACCCUACUGAGCUGCAGGUUUGGACGGAAUCCUCCUUUAAUUGAACCAUUCAGCUGCUUUUUUCGCAGAAACAAUAAGAACGAGAACAAGUGUCACAUUGUCAGAAAUAAACCUAUUUGUAAGGAUCGCGCGCGCGCGCACACGCGCGCGCGCGCACACACACACACACACACACACACACCACGCCCCCUCCUGUCGGGAACACCCUGCUGGCUGUGGAUCAUCUCUGCCUUCAGACGGCGCUCAGACGCACCGACACGCCGGACCUCGGUGCCUGAUCUCCGGACUGUGACUCCACCGGACCUCGGUGCCUCAUUUCCGGACUGUGACUCCACCGCCUCCAGGGUUCCUGAGAGCUUCUUGUUGGCUUGACCAAGAAACAGAAGAUUAGAAGAGAAAACAUUGGAGAACACUGGGAGAUAAUUCCAACUCGGCCAACGCUAACAGAACAACCGGCCAAACAUUAGGAGAGCAUCACAGAAACAUGAGUACUUGGCAGCCUGAUGUAGUUCUUGUUCUUCAUGUAACAUAUUUGCUUGGCUAAUUUCACCGGCUGUGUCUAGACUGAGAGCCAGAUGGAGCAGGUCAGGGAGGAUCUUAACCUCUCCUUUCUGCUGGAAAAUGAAAGAGAAAUGAUCCUGAAGGUGCUGCAGAAAGACGAGAAGCUGAGGAAGCGAGAGGAGAAAAGGAUACGGAAGCUGAAGAAUGAGCUGCUGGACAUCAAACGGAAAGGUUCCCGUCGGCAGCAGGAUCUGGGGGAGCGACAGUGCGCUCGCUGCCUCAAGACUUUGGGGCUGAUCUUCGAUCGUGGAGAUCUGUGCGAGGAGUGCCAGCUACGAGUCUGCAACGAGUGCCGAGUUAUGCAUCCCAAAUCAAGGCAGUGGAGGUGCAACGUUUGUGCCAAGAUCUCGGAGCUGAAGGUGGUGACUGGAGAGUGGUUCCUGGAAGAACGGUCCAAGCGUUUUGAGCAAGGAGUGCUGAGUAGCGACGUGAUAAAACAGACAAUCCUGAGCAGCCCGACAACCACAGAAAAAAAGUCUACAGAGAACCUGCCGGCCCCUCCUCAGCCUGAGAAAUCCAGCUCUCCAAGAUCCAACAGAAGUGCAGCACUCAACGUGGUGGAUGGAGCCAAGAGGAAAGGAAGGAUGAAGAUGGAUAAAAAAGGCAGCCGGCCCACCCAGAAGCCAGAGAAUGGAGUCGUCAGCAUCAAGUCUGGUUCAGAUGGAGAUGCUCAAAGCGUCCGAAGCACCCGCUCUGCUGCAUAUUCAAACAGGAGCAGUGCAGUGGCGUUGGAGUCCUCAGGGAUGCCCACAGUACCCAACAACCUGCGUUCCCAAAAUCUGGACAAAUCAUCCACUCCCAGCGACAACCGGAGGGUCAGGCCUGACGGAGCAGAGAGCGUCGUCAGUUUGCACUCCAGCGACGGUGAGAAGAAAUCCACCGGAUAUCACAGGACAAACUCCGGCACUCCGACCAUUUCUGUGUCCAGGGCUUCCGUCUCAUCAGAUCACAGCCGCUCAGAAAUGGACCUGUCGGCUCCCGGUUCUGAUCCCAGUGACGAUGCUCUCAGCCUCAGAAGCCGCUCGGUUCCUGGACUCAACGAAACAGAGUUUUCUGAUGAGGACGCAGAAGAAGACAUCGACGCCCUGAUGUCGGCCCACAACAAGACUGUCAGCCGGCGCCUCAGCAACGCAGUGUCAACGUCUUCCACUCCCUGCUCUGAGAGGCGAUGGGGUUACCUCAGUGUCCCCGACUCGGAUGCCGAGACUAGCAGCAUUAACAGCAUGAUGAGCAUGUACAGCGAGACCGGUGACUAUGGCAACGCCAGGGUGAGCGGCGAGAUCCUGCUGAACAUCAGCUACAGCUACAAAACCGGAGUGCUCAACAUCCUGGUGAAGGAGUGUCACAACCUGGCAACCGGAGAUGACAGGAGGCAACGCACGGAUGCCUAUGUGAAGACUUACCUGCUGCCAGAUACGUCACGACAGAGCAAGAGGAAGACGAGCAUCAAGGCCAACACCAUUAACCCUGUUUUCAAUGAGAAUCUGAGGUAUGUGAUCAGCCACUCGCAGCUGGAGACUCGAACCCUUCAGGUGUCCGUUUGGCAUCACGACCGCUUCGGACACAACAGCUUCCUGGGAGAGGUGGAGCUCACCUUUGACUCCUGGGAGUUUGAUUCCCAGAUAGAGGAGUGGUACUCUCUGCAGCCUAAAGUGGAGAGCAGCAUGGACUGUACGAUGCAGUAUAAAGGAGAGCUGACUGUGGUGUUGAAGUACAUACCAGCAGAGAAGAACCUCAUGCUGCCUCUGGACCAAGUACAAGUGAAGAAAAGUUUCCUGAAAGGCAAAAAGACGAGCAGCUUCACUCUGCCUAAAGGAGGCAUGGUUGAGCUGCUGGUCAAAGGAGCCAAAAAUCUCACCGCCGUCAAGUCUGGAGGCAGCUCGGAUCCGUUUGUGAAAGGAUACCUCCUCCCUGACAGCAACAAGUCGACCAAACACAAGACGGCGGUGGAGCGACGCACCGUGAACCCUCACUGGAACCACACCUUCACCUACUGUGGCCUGCAGCCCGGAGAUCUGAACAACGUCUGUCUGGAGCUCACCGUCUGGGACAAGGAGGCUUUGGCCAGCAACGUGUUCCUGGGAGGCGUCAGGCUGGGAGCUGGCACCGGCCAGAGCUACGGGAACGAGGUGGACUGGAUGGACUCGUAUGGGGAGGAGCAGUGGGUUUGGCAGCGCAUGAUCGAAAACCCAGAAGUCCCUCAGGAGUGUACGCUGAUGCUGCGGUCCAGCAUGCGGAAGUUCAACACAUGAGGCCGGAAGGACAGACCGAGAGGACAGAAGAGAGUGAUGGAGGGGAAGAAAGAGAAGGAGAGAGCUGGAAAAUAAAACAAAAAAAACAACAAAAAAAAGAGCAUGAAGGAGCAGAGACGGUCGCUCUUCCUGCUUCUCCUACCGUCCACUACAUGCCUUACACUAUGACAUUUUUUUUUUUCACAUUUUGGACGACAUACUGAACUAUACUGUUUUGUCCAAUUUUGGACGACAUACUAAACUAUGAGGUUUUAGUGACAUUUUGGACGACAUAAUAAACUAUGACGUUUCAGUCAAAUUUUAGUCAUCUUCAGGAGAGGAUAUCCCCUCAUCUGUCAUCAUUUAUCUCUAAAAUAUUCUUUAAGAACAUUCACAUAAAAAAGAAAAACACAAGAAAAACCCACAAUGGUCACAGAAAUAAUUUUAAUCUGACAAAAGUAAUUCUAUGAAAAUUAACUAAUGAAAAUCAGAACCGUGGUUCAACAGAAUUAUUUUAAAAAAUAAACUCAUGAAACAGACCUGGACAAAAAUGAUGGUACCCUUAACUUAAUAUUUUAUUGGACAACCUUUUGAGGCAAUCACUGCAAUCAAACCAUUUCUGUAACUGUAAGAAAAGAAAAGAAAAAAAGACAAAAACUAACAUUUUCAGCUGAACUAAAGACAGACUUUGUGACUUUUCUGCUCACAUGUUGUGUUGUAAACUUCCUCUUUCAAAUAAAUAUCCUCCUAACCCCCUGGAAA